UCUGAGGAACAUCAUGAACUGGCUGUUUGCUCUCCACUGUCUCAUGCUCAUCGUUCUGUGUGAGACCAUCUCCAAACACCGAGCUAACGCGGGCAUGUGCUGGCUACAGCAGGGCCAGGAUCAGCGCUGCGACAUGGUUCUAAUGCGUGGUGUGACCAAGGAGGAGUGCUGCGCUGGAGGCCGUUUGGACACAGCUUGGUCAAAUAGCAGCCUGCCCAUCAACGAGGUCAGUCUGCUGGGCUUCCUGGGCAUCGUGCCCUGCAAACCCUGCAAAGGUGGGAAGACAUGUGAAGGGGUAAAGUGUGGCCCUGGGAAGAUUUGUAGGAUGAAGGGUGGCCGACCUCAGUGCAUCUGCUCUCCAGACUGUUCUAAUCUAUCCAGAAAGCAUGCUGUCUGUGGGAGUGACGGCAACACAUACAAGGAUGAGUGUGCCCUGCUGAUGGCUCGUUGCAGAGGGCACCCCGACCUUGAAAUAAUGUACCAAGGGGAGUGCAAAAAGUCUUGCUCCAAUGUUGUGUGCCCUGGUACUCACACCUGCGUGACAGACCAAACCAACAGCGCCCACUGCGUGAUGUGCCGUACAGCUCUGUGCCCAAUGCCCAUGUUCACCGAUCAGACCAUCUGUGGAAACAACAACAUCACCUAUCCCAGCGCCUGCCAUUUGCGCCGUGCCACCUGCUUCUUUGGCCGUUCCAUAGGAGUGCGUCAUUACGGCCAUUGCAGGAGUAAAGAAGGUAGUGAGGAGAAUUCGCUCUUUUAGAGAUGUCGGCUUUGCAUAAAACCAGUUCGUACAGCUGCUGACAGCAAAACUUACUUAGGCGAGUCGUAACAGUCCUCCGUUCUGUUAAAUGAAGCGCUAGAUGCAUGCAGUUGAUACUUCUUGCUAUCUGGUACAGUAUUUUAAUGAAAAA